CUUUAAUAAUACUAUUUUUAACAGGAUAUUCAUCAUCAAUCAUGAUUGGGAUAGCAGUAUUCGUCGUCACUCUCUGUGCUGCAUGCACCAGUGGCAUCUCUCCGACGCACGUUGAAUUCGAGAGAGGCAGUCGAGGGGUUGUACCUUGUCCUGCUAUGGUGGAUAGAGGCUACUCAGCAAGUGACAUCGAAGCGAUCUACUGGUUUUUCGUACCGGAGGGAAGCUCGCAUUCCCCGGAAAGUAUAAUAACAUAUUUCCGCGGAGUUACUACCCAUCAAAGCAGUAAUACUGAGCGGUAUGACAUUCAAAAUACUUCGUUGGUGAUCACCAAUGUAACUGGGUCAGCAGCAGGCACAUAUAGCUACAGAUAUUUGUCAUGGUUAAAAGUAUCCGAAGAUGGAUCAGAUGAAGUUUCUGAAAAGGUUUCCUGCAAAUCAAAACGGCCUAAGGUUUCUCUGUAUAUCGACGAUCAACUGUCAUAUGAAGGUACAGAUUCAUCCAAAACAGUUGAAGUGCCAUCCGACACAGCUGAACUGAACUUGACAUGCAGAGUAGAACAUGCUAAGCCGGCUGUGAACAUCAGUUGGUUCGUCUGGUUUCCAAUUUUAAACAGAUGGGAGGAAAUUCCGGCCAAACCGCGUGUUCAACCUGCUUCCUGCGAAACCGAAUGUUUCUUUGUAAACGGCACGUUUAACUCCGAUGUGACAUUCAAGGCAUCACUUGAAAGAAACAACUUAACCUUCAAGUGUGUAGCACACACCAGUAGGCUUGAAGACAUCGAAGUGACGAUCAUAAAAACUCAAAAUGAUAUUGUGACUGCUGACCCACAAGAAGUCACAGAUCGUGAUAGUCUUGGUUUGGGUGAACCAACGCCGAUGACAAACUGCACUUAUAGUAUGAGUAUCCUGAUCAUUCUGCUGAUUGCUACGAGCUUGUUGGUGGUAGGUUGUACAUGCAGUUUUAUUUAUUUAUUAUUUUUUUUUUCAUGCAUGGUUUAAAAGUAAAACUAAAGUUUAACCUUUCUUAUUUUCAGACCCUAGUGCUGGUGGUCAUAUUGUUUCUUUGGAGGCGUAGAUGGUUAAAGCAGUUGGAGAAAAAUCCAAGACACCAUGUAGGACCGCAGAUGGUAAACUUAAGGGUUGAGCUGAAGUAAACUGUAACCAUGCACCCCAUGGUGUUUUCUACCCUAUACCCAUGGGGUUUUACCCAUGCACCCCAUGGGGUUUUCUACCCUAUACCCAUGGAGUUUUACUCAUGCUCCCCAGGCACCAUGGUGUUUUUUAACCAAUACAGCUCAUGGGGUUCUAUUCGAACCCCCAUCAUGGUCUGCACUCCAUUUGUAGGUUGACUUUCUAGGCCUAUGAAAGCAACUAUAUCAAUUCAAAAGAUGCAAUCAUUCUUUAGUUACAAUUGUGCUCUGGAACACGUUUAUUUGAUACUGAUGCAAAAAUUAUUGGAAUUAAAAUUAACUUUGAAGUUCAUGAAUGUCAUGGCCCAAUUUCAUAAAGCCUGCUGCUAGCACAAAAAUGUGCUUAGCAUGAAAUGUUUUCCUUAACAAAAACAUUAAUUUCAUGUAAGAACCCGUUUUGGGUAACACUGAUGAACAAUGAACAUUGCCCAUCUCACUUCAUCUUCUCAGGACGAUAAAUUUGUGCUUGUUGUUAUCGUACGAAUUUAUACAUUGCAAAGUGAUUUGCAAAUGGAAUAAAAAGAUUACUUUGGGGUUCAAAAAAAAAAAAUAGAAUCAGUUGUUCUAUCUUCUAUUCUUUUUGGACCACUUGCCAUAGGGUGUGCACGCACACCGAUGAUAAGUGUUCUCAGUUUGUGCUCGAAGCUUAUUGUCGUUGUCGACGGGCAACCUGUUAAGCCGGAGAACACAAUAACCGUAAUAGCAACCACAUUGUCAUUGAGUUUUGCCCCCCCCCCCCCUCCACAAAAGAGUACAAUCUGGAACACAUGAAGGUUUAAAAUAAACGAAAAUACAGCUAUAAAAGAAAUGAGUUAAGAAAAGUAAACAUUUAGAACAAAAAACACAAAAUAGACUGAACAAUUAACUUGGAUAAAUAAAAUAAUAUAAUCAAAUAACACUAGCGUGAAAGUUCAUCUGUGUUGGUAUUUAGAUCCAACUUGACUUACUCUUGAUCACAACACUGACAAUAAUUGUAUACCUACAAACAAAUAAUGUUAACAAAAUUUAUGACAUUGUGUUUAAUGUUAACUGGAAAAGUAUCAUUGAGCCUUGUUUCAAAUUGGCUGUUUUAGUUUUCCCUGGCUAAAAAUACUGCAUAAAAUUAUGUAAGAAUUUGUUUGAGACGGUACCUUUUUGGGCUGGUUGGUUUUUUGGUUGUUGCACCCCGUGUCACACCGGCGAAGGGAGCUGCUGACGCUUGCGGGCGUCUUUCCGGUUCACUGAAGUGUACAUCACACCAUUCCCUGCGUCAGACAAUAUUUUAUUUUAUUUCAGCACAUCCAAAAGUGCAAGCGCCGAUAACAUGAUGGAUAAAAACAUUUAAUUUCAUAAAAUAGCACAAUAAAAUUAUUCAAACAGACAAAAAA